AUGUCAUUCUUUUCUUCUCUGGUUGUAUUCUCUGCCCUCCUUGCGGGAGUGCUGGGCAGUGACACCUGCAGUUACAUCGAGGCCGAGUUCGAGAGCUACAAUGCUCUAACGACGGCUCUCUGCAAUAGCAAUGCCCUUCAACCUGGCCAGUAUGUCUGCUGCUCGUCCGGAUCCCUCCCCGACUUCUCUCCCAAGCCCUAUGCCAAUGGCACCUGCUACACCUAUACCAUCAGCUCGGGCGACGAUUGCACCGACAUUGCCAAAGCCAACCAGAUGAACGCAACCAAGAUCGCCACCUAUAAUGAAGAAACGUGGGGCUAG